UCCAUCGGUUUCGGUGUUGCUGCUUACGCGGUUGUUGGUACCUUCGGCUUAUGGUACCGGAGGGAUAGUCUGAAAUAAAGCCGUUAGCGGCAGCCGGGAAGUUGUGAAUUCGUUGCGUUUAGGCGGGUAUUAUUUUUCCUUUCCUGUGUGGCUCGGCUCGCCGUUAGUAGUCACGGUGAAGCACACGCACGCGCAGAAUGGACUGGCUGUGACGGUGCGCCAUGUGCAGGCUGGUAGGAUGAGUUCCUGCAGAACCGGCCUCCACAGGGAACCACCGGACCCUUCCUCCUUUACCUGCCAACAUGUUAAGUGGCUUUCUGGAACACAUCUGGAGCUGUAUCAUAAGUUGCAGAAAAGAGAAUCCCCUAUAGAAAUCCGAUCCAAUCGAGGCAUGCAUCUCAACAACCAGAGUUCUGCCAAGGAAGAGAAAUGUAAAGGCUCUCCCAGAAAUGGCUCUUCUAACGAACAACCCCGCAGACCACUUGGGGCAAUUUCCCAGAAUACUAUGUGCAAUACGGCAGCGACGGGCCCUACAAAUGGCUUUGAGGUCAGAACAAAGAAUGUUCAGUCUGCAGAAGUACACCCGGGCGUUCAGGAGGAGGAGGAGGAGGAGGACGAGGACGGCCCUCUGGAUAUAUGUGCCAUUAUCAAACCUGGAAACACAAAAGAAAAAAUUGCCUUCUUUGCAGCUCACCAUUACAGCAAUGAUCGCAAUAGCUCAAUGAAAAUAAAAUGCACGGGCGAUAUGAAUGGCAGAGCAGCUAAAAGGAGGAAAAAAUCAGUGGAUCUAAAGAAAGUGAAGAAUCAACUGGAAAAAAUGCAGGAAGUCCGUCAAAAAUACUUCUUGUCUGAACCUUACCCACAUGGAGUUGAAAACUGUUCGAUUAACUGCGCCACAGAUUGUGAUGGAAUUAUUACAGGUAGGCCUCUUUCUGUGAUAGAGAUAGUGGCUUCCUUAGAACAAAGGGCAAGUGCAUUAAUUUCUGACUGUGCUAAAUCUCUCACCAACCACCAUGCUUCAAGACUUGGAGCUUCAAAAUGUUCCCUCCCAGGUCCUAUGUCGCUGCCUCUUGGAGCCUGCGAGGAGCUAUUGGACACAGACUGUUCAGAUAAGACCAAACAAGAGUCGGUAUGCGUCUUAGAAAUGGUUGCAAAACUGGAGUAUGAGUGCUUGAGGCGCCAAAGUGAGCGCGACUCAGGGGGGCUUUCAAGGAGCAACAGCUUCAGAAGGAACGUUGGGAGGAUGCUGCUUACAAGUGGCCCUCAGCCCGAUAUUAAUGGUUCUCUGAAUUUAUCUGCUGCACAAAGUGACAUUGAGGAAAGCAUGGAUCCUCCUCUAAUGGAAGAAAGUAUGCUGCAAAAUAAGGAUGGAAGUUUUCUUGUGAAAUCAUUUGGAAAUUGUGCUCAAGUUCAUCCUCAGGAAGAACAUAUCCCACCUGUAGAAGAUCUUUAUGCUGGGGAAGAGGGUCUGGAGCUUGUUGGGGGAACCUAUUUCACAAUUAGAACUACUGCUGAUGCCAAGAUAGUGGAUCCUUGUAAGUAUUCAUCUUCUGUGGCCCAAGAACUGCCCGCGAUGCCGAAUAUUUGUCCCAGAGCUGUGAAUGAGAAUGUUUUGGGUUUCUGUGAUUUUUCUGACCCGGUUAUUAAGGCUGGAGAUGUAUCGAUGCAUACAUUAGGAAAUCAAGCAAUUGGAUGCAAACCAGACAAACCCGUAACAUGCGACCCAAGCCCAGGGACAUUAUUUUUCCAGCAUGAUCAGACCGUUCAAAACCAUGCACAUAUAGAAAGUAAUUGCGAAGUAAAGUUACUGGCAGAGCUCCAGAAGGAAAAUGCUUUUGACAAUACUCUGUGUAUACAGAAUAGCUUGCUGAUUGCACAGUCGUCUGAUUCUAUAUCUUCACUUGGAAGUGUAUCUCAGGUACUUGACACCUCCUCUCUUAAAAAAACUGUGUCUCAAGAUUUCUUGGAAACCCGCUUUAAAAUCCAGCAGCUCUUGGAGCCUCAGCAAUACGUUAUCUUAUUGCCACACCACAUUUUAGUGAAGAUCUUUAGGUUUCUACCUACUAGAACCCUGGCAGCUCUAAAAUGUACCUCCUGUUACUUCAAAUUCAUCAUUGAACACUAUGACAUCCGACCGUCAGAUUCUCUGUGGGUUCGUGACCCGCGCUACAAAGAUGACCCUUGCAAGCAGUGCAAGAAAAAGUAUGUGAAAGGGGAUGUGUCUCUGUGCUGGUGGCACCCCAAACCUUACUGCCAAGCUUUACCGUACGGGCCUGGUUAUUGGAUGUGCUGUCACAUGUCCCCUAAAGAGAGCCGUGGCUGUAAAGUUGGUCUUCAUGACAAUCGUUGGGUGCCGGCUUGUCACACCCUAAACAGAAGCAUCUGCAAGAAAUCUGAGUCGGAAGAGGACCAGUGACGUUCGUGGAAUGGAUUUUCAUGCCCUGUGCUUGUUUACAUUGUACAUAAUCAUAUUUUUGCGGGGCUGCGAAACUGCACAUAAUUUAAGAAACAAAGAGCCUUUACCUUUCACUUUAACUGGCUGUUUAGCUCUUUUUAUGUAAAUAUAAUCAGGUGUGUGUGUAUAUAUAAGAUCUGUUGCUAGCUGAUGCAGUGUAAUCUUCUAUGUGGCUAUGUAGUUCUCGUGGCUAACGGUAUGUGUGUGAAGGCGUGUGUCUUUUUCCAUCCUUUUUUUUUAAAUGUCUUUAUUAAUCGUUUAUUUUUUUUUUUUGCGUUGAGCUGGAGUUAAACGCGAAGCAGUUCAUUGUGCACAGACCACCAGAACUCCAGUGGUUACAUCUGUAUAUCUUGUAGAAUAUUGUUUCUAAAAACGAGAAUCUAAAUACAUAUAUAUAUUGCUUGAAGCAGUUAAAGGAGUUAUUGGUUUAACUGGAUAACAAUCAGACCAGAGCCGGUGUCUGAAAUACUGUGACAAGCGGAUACAUGAGGUGACUUAUUGUGUUGUGACAGAGCGUAAGGAGAACGUUGUCUGGCUUUACUUCAAUAAAAAUGUGCGUUCUAAAUCUAA